CGACACCGGCGACAGUUCGUUCGUCACGCGUGGACUCGCGCGUAUGAUCGCGCAAAACGAUCGACCUUCGGCGGUCCGUCGGCGGUAAUUAGUCACUUGAAGACGGAAGAGGCGGCGAUGUCGCGUACUCGUCGGGACGUAUGAUGCGGUAAUCGCACCGAAUACGUAUAUGCCGAUUCCGAUCUGGGGGGUCCCACACGUUCGCCAAAUCGGCGAUUCGCCGCUACGGCUUUAUCGCUAUCGCGCUGAUAAGAGAAAACAGACGCGCUACAACUUUAUCCGUAUGCCGAUUGCGCGGGCCGGAGUUACGCGCCGGAUCCCGAUGUGCCACCUGUGCCUUUCGCGCGAAUAGAGCGCGUGUCAAUUCGCGCGCGACCGAGACCUAUAUUUCCCACAGUGCGCUGUGAUAUGCGAUAUCGCGAUAUCGCGCUCGAUCGAUGCCAAAGUGGCAAGUCCCGAGAGCGAUUAUUGCGCAGAGACGAUCGCGUGGUCGAUAAAAAGCGCGGCCAAAGAGAAGAGGAACGAACGCGCUGCGUGUAUGCGUGCGCGCGUGUCGUCGUGAUCGAAUAGAUACCGUGCGUGAACCGAAUGAGAUGAAGCCUCGCGCCGGAUCCUCGCUAUUUUCCGUCUGGACAGUGAGUCUGUACCUCGCGAGGAUAUGCUCGUGCGUCGACACGAAGAUUCUGAGCCUCUGCAGCGCUCAGAGCAGCUGCGAGAAUUGCUUGGAGGCGAACUUGGCUUGCGCGUGGUGCAGCGAUUGGGCUUAUUCAAAUUCCACGCACGGAAAGCCGAGGUGCAACGUGCCGGAGCGUCUGCGUGCAUUCGGCUGUCCAGCUGCGGAGAUACGCACGGCGCCGCCGGGAUCGCUGGAAUUGCUGGCGAACGAGGACUUUCAGGAUGUCUCGAACGACCGCGCGCCGGUGCAGCUGAGACCGCAGAGGCUGCGACUCAGGAUCAGGCCGCACGCCAGCCAAGAGCUGAGGCUCCAGUAUCGGCCGGCUAAGAAUUAUCCCUUGGAUCUCUACUAUCUUAUGGAUCUCACAUGGUCGAUGAAGGACGACAAAGAGACUUUGGUGAGUCUGGGCUGGAGGAUGGCCAACACCCUCGGCACCUUCACCACCAACUUUCGCCUCGGUUUCGGCAGCUAUGCCGACAAGCCCUUGAUGCCGUACAUCUUCCCAGGUCACGAGGAGAACCCGUGUAAGAGCGAGCACGCCUUCUGCACACCGCUAUACUCGUUCUGGCAUCAUCUGGAGCUGACCGACAACAUACCCCGUUUUAUCCAUGAAGUGAAUUACAGUUCAGUGACCGGCAACGUGGAUAAUCUGGAGGGCGGCCUCGACGGAGUCGUGCAAGCGAUCGUUUGCACCCGCCAGGUCGGAUGGGCUCAUCAGGCGCGGAAACUGAUGCUGGUGGCGACCGACGGACUCCUGCAUUUCGCCGGAGAGGGAAAGCUCGGGGGUGUAGUGCACCGUCCAGAUUUCCAAUGUCACGUGGACGAGCGCGGGCAAUACUCCAUGGCGAAGGAGUACGAUUAUCCGUCACUGGCGGAGGUGUCGCGGUUGUUGCAAGAGCGCAAAGUCAACCUGAUAUUCGCCGUGACAGAGGAUCGUCGUCACGAGUACGAAUCGAUCGCUGAUCUGCUCAAGGAGCACGCCAGAGUGGCCACUCUGACGAGGAACAGUUCCAACAUCCUCGAGAUCAUCGAGAGUUCCUACCACGAUAUCGUGAGCAAGGUGGUGUUGCGUGACAAUUCAACCGGCCCGUUGCGCCUCGAGUAUUUCUCCGCGUGCGGCGAACAGGCGGGCACAGAGUCGAGCACUUCCGAGUGCGACGGUAUACAGGAGGGUCAAGUGUAUGAGUUUAAAGUCGUCAUAUCGGUGGACGAGUGUCCGAGGAACGAGAGUCUCUGGAGACAAACGGUAGUGAUCGACGAUGCGCUGGCGUCUGAGGCGUCCGAGGUACAGUUCGAAGUCGAGCUCUUGUGCGGCUGUGACUGCAAGAAUGUAGAAAGUUCGCGCUGUGAGCACGGGGUCAACGAAUGUGGCAUAUGCAAAUGCGACUUCGGCUGGUCCGGCGAGACCUGCGACUGCGAUGAGAGUUCCCCGGUAGAAAACCGACUGCAGUGCAUCGCCGCCGACAGCACGCAGGUCUGCUCGAACAGAGGCGAGUGCGUGUGUGGCGCCUGCAACUGCGAUAAGGGUUACAACGGUCGGUUCUGCGAAUGUUCUCCCUGCGACAAGAGCGACGGGAUCGAGUGUGGCGGCAGAGGCACGUGUGAAUGCGGCGUUUGCAACUGCCUGGAGGGAUGGGAAGGCGGCGGCUGUCAAUGUCCGUCCGGCACAGAACUCUGUGUCGCUCCCGGCAGCGAAGAAGUAUGCGCGGGUCACGGAUACUGCGAUUGCGGACAGUGUCGAUGCAACGAGACAGCCGCGGACGGUUUGUACUAUCGUGGCACCUACUGCGAGUCGUCGGCGAGCGCAGGUGGCAGCGGUCUCUGUAUCCUAUAUAAUUCUUGCGUGAACGUCACGGUCGAAUAUCCGGAGAAAGCGGAAGAACUAUGUCAGACCGACACGACUCUUUAUAAAACCGCGCGAGUGGACACAGUGGAUGUAGAUAACGAGCAUUACUGUUUCGUGAGAACGACGCAGGCCAAAAGCACGUGCACAAUACCCUACGUGUACGAGUUUCAAGCGGACAAGACGGUCAUGUUGAGGAUUGGCGAGAAGACUUGCCGCACGCCCAUCCACGCUGCGGUAAUCCCGAGUUUCAUCUUCGGCGCCGUGUUUCUGGCUGGUAUUAUCAGCCUGUUAAUAUGGAAGUGUUGGACCACGAUAAAGGAUCGCAAGGAAUACGCCAAAUUCGUGCUGGAACGGAAGAAAACCGUUUACGCUUUGGACGAGAAUCCGCUUUACCGACCAGCUGUCACUCGAUUCAGAGUGCCCUCUAUGUACAAUGACGAGUGAGAAUAAUUUAGUACCUCAAUUAGCAAUCAUCGUUGCGAAAGAGUGGCGAAUCGUAUGUGUCGCUCUUGUGAUUCUAAACACUUCAAGUGUAUUUAAGACUUGUAAAUAUUUACAAUUAAGUGUCGCAAAAGAGUUGAUUUACAAAUGCGACGCGUAUGCUUCGCACUUGCUCGACUAAUGUCGAACGAAAGAUCGUGUACUUCCUCCCGAGGAUGCUUCACGUAUUUCCUUCCAAAAAUGAUUUCCAGUUGUAAACGAGACUUGCUGUAGGCAAAUAAUUUAGAAAUGAAUAAUUCUUAUACGAGAAAAUAUUGCAGAUUAAUAUAAUACAAGAAUGCUACGUUCGACCUAUA